AUGGAUGAUAAUAAACAUGAGAUAAUAAAAUGGAAUUCUGAUGCGAGAUAUGCAUUAGGACCUUAUAAACUUUUAACACAAUCUAUUGGGAUUUGGCCACUUGAUCAUUUUGGAAUAAUUGUUUUUCUUCAAGUGUUUGUCAUUUUAUUAAUACAGUGUCUUGUCACAAUAAUUUUCAUUCAUGAGCUCAUUACCAAAGGAAACUGUGACCUAAUAACUGAUGUCGUGGAUGCUCUCUCCCUCGUUGCGGUUAAUAUAAUGGCAACUUUUAAAAUGAUUGUGCCUCUAAUAAACAAAAAAAGAAUGCAUUUCAUUAUAAAAUCAAUAAUUAAAGACUGGACCACCGUUUGUGAUAAAAAGUCCAAGAAAAUAAUGUUAAAGUAUGCAUUUGCAGGCAGAAUAUUUCUGUAUCUUUUAAUGAUUGGUAGUAACAGCUUAGUAAUUGGUACGAUUUUGGGUAAUCCACCAACGACUUAUAAAUUUUCUUCUGAUCAGAUAAGCGAUAAUGCUACUGUGUUAAGAAAUAUUCCAUUCGGUGCUAAUUGUUGGGUAUCAACAAGCAUGUCAAUGUCUAUUUAUUUUGGUUAUUACGGCCUUAUUGUUGUCCAUUGUCUUAUUUCAAGCAUUAUAAAUGUUGGUAGUGACUCUUGUAUGUGUGGUAUUGCAUUACACGUUUGUGGGCAAUUGAAUCUCCUUUAUACUGACAUGGAAAGUCUUGAUGGAAAAAAAAAUUUUUUUAGUCUACGAAAACAAAUAAAUCAACUAUCUCAGAGAUAUGCUUACUUGAUAAAAUUAGCUAAUGCAUAUCAAGGCACUUUGAGUCUUAUAGUUUUGCUACAAGUCGCUACUAAUAUGUUUGUUAUCAGUAUAUCAGGUGUUCUCUUGCUGUGGGGUCUUGAAACUGGAAAUAAUGACUUCAUAAUUUCUGCUCUCGUUAGAAUUCUUUUGUUAUUUUGUGAAUUAUUUGUAUACAGCUUUAUUGGUGAAUCAUUGUCCACUCAAUUCGGAAGCUUAAAAUUAGCAAUUUAUAAUUGUUCUUGGUAUGAAAUGUCACCACUAUUAGCCAAAGAUUUGCUAUUUAUAAUGAUGAAAGCCAAUUAUGCAUUCCAUUUAACAGCAGGAAAAAUUUGUUAUAUGAAUCUUUCAAGUUUCACGAACUUUGCCAAAAUGAUGUUUUCAUACUUUUCUUUUCUUAGACUGAUUUUUCGAGAG